AUGCAGCCGAAGUCGGCGGACAACUCUAAUUUGCAGGCGCUGAUUGGCCAAUAUGGCAGCGGCAUUCUGUAUCUUACGUUUAUAAUUCUUCCAGUGACUCAAUUGACACACUCUCCACUCUCUAUACCCUUGGCUGGCCCUUGGAUCGUUCCUAACAUCACCACAGUCAUGAAGUCGCUUCACCAAUUGGCUCGCCGACAGGCACUGACCGGGCUUGCAAUGCCCCGCGUCCUCUCGUCACAGAACAUUGCCGCCAGCCGGACAUGGCAGAGAGCUUUCAGCGCCUCCACGGCGGCCGCCUCCCAGCUCCCAGGUCUUGAUGCUUCGAAAUUGACCAUCACCAAGACCACUACCCCCAAGGAGCCAAUGGACUCCAAGGAUCUUGUCUUUGGCAAGUACUUCACGGAUCACAUGCUCUCCGUGGAGUGGACGGCUACCGACGGAUGGCACGCACCUCGCAUUGUCCCCUACCAGAACCUCAGCUUGGAUCCUGCAACUUGUGUGUUCCACUAUGCAUUCGAAUGUUUCGAGGGCAUGAAGGCGUACAAGGACAGUACCGGCGGCAUCCGUCUGUUCCGCCCCAACAAGAACAUGGAACGCCUGAACAAGUCUUCUGCGCGUAUUGCUCUUCCUACCGUGGACGGUGACGAACUGACGAAGAUCAUUGGAGAAUUCGUGAAGCUCGACAGUCGAUUCAUCCCGGAUGCUCGUGGCUACUCCUUGUACCUGCGCCCUACCAUGAUUGGUACCCAGAAGACCCUGGGCGUCGGCCCACCAGGAUCCGCUCUCCUGUAUGUUAUUGCCAGCCCCGUUGGUCCUUACUACCCAACUGGCUUCAAGGCCAUCUCUCUGGAGGCCACUGAUUACGCCGUCCGCGCCUGGCCCGGUGGUGUUGGUGACAAGAAGCUUGGAGCCAACUAUGCUCCCUGCAUUCUGCCUCAACUCGAGGCCGCAUCCCGUGGCUUCCAGCAGAACCUGUGGCUCUUUGGCGAGGAGGAAUAUGUCACCGAGGUCGGCACUAUGAACCUUUUCAUUGCUUUGAAGAACAAGGAGACCGGACAGAAGGAGCUUAUCACUGCUCCUCUUGACGGUACAAUUUUGGAGGGUGUCACUCGUGACUCCGUUCUGACUCUCGCCCGUGAGCGACUCGGUCCCAACGGCUGGAACAUUUCCGAGCGCAAGAUUCGCAUGUCUGAGGUUGCCGAGGCAUCUGAGGAGGGCCGCAUGAUCGAAGUUUUCGGCGCAGGCACUGCUGCCAUCGUCAGCCCUGUUCGUAACAUCAGUUACAGAGGCAAGAUGGUUCAGUGUGGUUUGAAGGAGGAUGAGGAGGCUGGUGAGAUUGCUCUCCAGAUGAAGAACUGGAUCGAGGGUAUCCAAUACGGUGACGAGAAGAACCCUUGGAGUGUCACUAUCUAAGACAGAAAUGUCAGAUAAAAGGGCUUCUGCACCCAGGCUUUGUGGUAUGGCCAUAGAGGCUUUCAAAAGUCCUUAGGGUAUAUUUUCUUGGUUAAUUUUGCAUUUGUUUGAAUAUUUGAGGUACCGAGGCUACCGAGCAGCAGCGCGCGUCUUUUACAUAUUCA